CUGUCGUGUUAACUUCAGAGUAGAUUCAAAUGGGUUUUAAUAGCUUUGUUGCCAUUGCGGAUGUGAUUGUAGGCGCAUAGAAAGUUUGAAGGGAAACUGCGUAAUAUUAAACUUCUCAUACAUUACUGGAAUGACUGUGUCUCUUUAUAACAUGUCGGUUUGAUGGAAAACCUACCAACCAGAGGGGAUCACGCAAUGAAUGAUAGAAGUAUCGCACUGUCAUGCUGAACGGAGCUUUUAUACUCCGUCACUUUUAGAGGGCAGUCCGUUUCUGAAAGAUCAUAGCGGGAUAGAGUGUCCGGGACUAAUAUUCUUUCUCCCCAACCAUGGGGAACAAAGAGAGUGCCCAAGGUGGGGCAGAUGGCCAGGACAGCUUUGACCACAGUACCUCCACCAUCACUGUAUCUCCGGGUAAGGUCAGUAGAGACAGAAAGGAGAGAAAAGAUAAAGAUAAAAAGCCAAAGAAGGGAAAGAUACGGAAGGACUCAAUGAACGCCGGUAUUGAUGACCGACAGAAUCACACUGUAGACGGCGGCCAGGGUGGCGGUAACUCGGUCGGUGUCAUGAUCUCCGCGUCGGUUGGUAACGGUGACCAAAUGGCGAUUAUGCAUUCACCAAGUACACGGCCAGCCGGCGAAAGAUACAAAGCGCUGUAUGACUACGAGGCAAGGACAGCAGACGACCUCACUUUCAGAAAAGGGGAGAUUCUUAUCAUCACAAACAAAACUGAUCCUAACUGGUGGUUAGCAACAUCAAUGCUCACCAAGAGAGAAGGUUAUGUACCAAGGAACUACAUCGAACCGGCGGAUGUACUCCAAGCAGAAGAUUGGUUCUUUGAGAAGAUGACGAGGAAGGAGGCAGAGAAACAACUUCAGUUGGCCGGUAACUCACGGGGAACAUUCCUCAUUAGGGGAAGUGAAACCAGUCCAGGUGCCUACUCACUGUCGGUGCUAGACCACGACGAUGCACGGGGCUUCAACGUCAAACACUACCGUAUACGGACGUUAGAUAACGGCGGGUAUUACAUCAGUACACGCAUCACCUUCCACACAUUACACGACCUUGUCAGUCACUACACAACUCAAGCAGACGGCCUCGUAUGUCGACUCAUGAACCCAUGCCCGCGCCAAAAGCCAGCCAUGUUCGAGAUCAGCAAGGACGUAUGGGAGAUACCACGUCGUUCCAUCAAGCUGGAACGCAAACUAGGAAACGGGCAGUUUGGCGAGGUUUGGGAAGGUACAUGGAAUGGAACCGUGAGAGUAGCCGUCAAGACGCUAAAGGAAGGGGCUAUGGAUCCCACAGCCUUCUUACAAGAAGCCAACAUUAUGAAGAAACUCAGACAUCCUAAGCUUGUUGCUCUACUCGCUGUCUGCUCAGAAGGGGAACCUAUCUACAUUGUGACUGAGCUGAUGCCAAACGGAUGUCUCUUGGAUUAUCUUCAUGAGGGAGAAGGGAAAAUGUUACGAGAACCAGAACUCAUCGAUAUUACGGCGCAAGUUGCUGACGGUAUGGCGUAUUUGGAAUCGCAACGUUUUGUUCAUCGAGAUCUGGCGGCAAGGAACAUUCUGGUUGGGGAGUUGAGAAAUUGUAAAGUUGCUGAUUUUGGACUUUCUCGGAUUAUUGAAGACGAGUACAUCGCUAAAGAAGGCGCCAAAAUGCCCAUCAAAUGGACGGCUCCUGAAGCAAUCAACUUUGGCAAGUUCACCAUUAAGUCUGAUGUGUGGUCGUUUGGUAUCCUGAUCUAUGAGGUUAUCACCAAGGGACGUGUUCCAUAUCCAGGAAUGGUUAACCGUGAGGUCCUUGAUCAGGUGUCACGUGGUUACAGAAUGCCUAAACCCCCUGAGUGUCCUGACCAGUUGUAUGACAUCACAAAGCAAUGCUGGGACGCUGCACCAGAAAAAAGACCCACCUUUGAGUUUCUACACUCCUUCCUUGAUGACUUCUACCACGCCUCCGAAAUUCAGUAUCAGUAGAGGGCGCACCCCCAAUCUUGGCACUGGGUUGCACUUAGACCGGUAUCCUGUCUUUAUCCGCAAGGACAAAGAUUUGCUUUUCAGAACCAGUGAUUUCAUUGGAUACAAUGAUAUCAUUGGAUACACGUGCAGUGAGGAAAGCUUCCCAUAGCUGAUUUUUGAUUGGUCCCAGGUGGUUCGGGUGCAGCUGGAAACAAAAAUCACCAAUCAAAACACAGAUAUGGGAAGCUUAUAGUGUGGCGAAUUAACAGCUUUUGCAGUGGCUACGGCCGGAACCCCGAAAGGUUCUAGUCUCCAAGGUUGUCGUUGUAGCCAACAAGCCAUAACCACAGCCGAAAAUGUUGAAUUCGUAAAUGGCCUUGUAAUCGUAGGUUUGACUUGUGGACAUGUCUUUUGAGAUGGCGCUUAUACGAUAGGAUGUCAAAACAGGAUGAGGUCGCUGACGAUUUCGUCAAAGGUCAUGAAUUAACAUAGAAACUAUUGUAAUCAUGACAUUAAAUGGUAGCACACAAUCAUGUCAAUAUCAGUGUGUUUUAAUACGUACAUUUUAUUGUUACAAGGAUACACCACUACUUUACCCGAAGACAGAUUUGUACUGAAUUUUACAAAGAAACUUUGGUUUCAAUGAUAAAUUAACGUUUUAAGGCGGGAUAGCUCACUUUGUCAUAACAAUUGAUAUUAUUUCUUAUUCUUACAGCUUAGACGUUUCUUUUUUCUUUAUUAGGGAGGGUUCGAAUGCGAAGUGAUACGGUUAGUGCGAUGGAUACGUCAUCAUUAUGACGUCAUACGCUACUCGCUAUCCGCUAUACGUGCAGACGACACUGACAUCCUGCUUGCUACACGUUACGGAUAGCUAAACGUAUGCGUAUGCGUAUGCGUAUCCGUUUGCGUGCGAAACCUCCCUUGAUGGAUGGUGUCAUUUCUCAUUAUAGAGUAUUAUUGUUUGUUGUAGUAAGCGACAGUAGUUCUUACAUAACAAUCUUGGACCGCGGAAAAGUAGUUGUGAAUAUUAAGAGAGCAAAGCAAACAGUGGAAUUCCAAAUGUGUAUAUAUUUUUGACUCAGUUCAUUGAUGAAAUAUUUAUGCGGAUCGGAACUUUAAAGGUUUACUAUUUAAAAAUUUCGUUCACAAUUCUUGUAACCGUUGAACAAAAGAAAUUAAAGCUUUACCUAAUCUGACUUAAAAGGAAAUCUUUUUGGCGGGAUUUCUAAAAAGUAAAUAGUUGUAUAUUCCAGGUUCUUUGCAGUAGCCUAAAAAGUAACUGUUCAAAUUUGCACUAUCAUGUACAGGCGCUUCAUAAACAUUGCAAAGUUAAACUUAAUAUCUGGUUUGCGUGAAUUAUGCAAUAUUAAAGGUUUUGAAUUGUUGCACAUCUAAAGGCAAUUUUGAGCUGAAGUGCUGCAGUAUUAAAUGAAAACGAAAAUUAGACUUUCAUGUUUUAGGGAUUUCCCAGGAGUAUUAUUUUAGAGGAAGGUGUACGUUUGGUAUAGUCUUCAAAUUAAAUAGUAAUAACAACUGACUUGGUUAACAACAGCUUUCGAUAAGCUUCUAUUUUGAGAAUCACUCAUCGUAUAAUAGUGUGGUUAUGGUGAAGAUAUAAGUUUGUAUCCCACAAAAUUUGAGUCUGAGAAAUGUAACUGUCAUACGUUUCUUAUUGUGUAUACCAUCUUCAGAUCAUUCUUCCUGAGUAACCACUUCCAGAUUUGCAGCGAUACUUUAAAAACAGCUACCACCUUUUGGAAUGAAAUGUUCACAGGUUAAUUUUGUUGAACAUAAUAUUUACAUUUAUACAGGAUCAAAACCAUUCCAAAAACAAACGGUAAACUUUAACUCUCGUGCGUGGUUGGCGCUUUUGGGGCGUUUCCCUGAGAUCCACCACUGUGUUUUCAGCAACAGACAUACAGAUGAAACGUGUAUGAUCCCGUGUAAAACGCGGCUGCAAGAGGGCACAUCAAAAUAAAUAAUGGUAUUAAUGGAUUCUAUAUUUUACAACAAACAUUAAAUUGUGAGUUUCCUUUUGUGAGCUCUGUCUAUCUUAUGAGCCACUCGAGGUGCAGCCAUUUUGAAUGUACAUCGGUUUUUGAAUCCCAACCCCCCGGCUUGGGCUCUUUCUGUUUGAUGUUGCACCCUGCUCCAAACUGAUGACGGAGCCUUAAGCCAGAGCCGGGUCCAAAGCCAAUGUGUGGAAAAUGCCCCUGAUUUGCAAAUCACUUGUGCUUAUUAACAGGACCGGAGUGAAAUUGUAACUCUCUUGUCUGUGAGAGGUGUUAGUUUCGAUCUUUUGGGAGUGAAAGUCAACCUGUGUCACUCUAUUUGAGUGAAAUUGGAACGAACUUCACUCUAAAUCGAAUUGAAGUGCCCGCCUCCUUCACUCUAAAAAAGAGGUGUGUUUUUUUAACUACAAAAAAAGUGGUUUCAUUCUUUUACAAUAAGAGAUACAAUGG